CUCUCCACCGGGCCCAGAUGUCCGCGGCACAAACCAUCACAGUUGCCUCAAUUUUACAAUUGCCAUUGAGUCACGACGAUGGCUCCCUGUGAACUUGGAGUUUCUCCUUGAGUAUCUUCAGGCCUCGAGCUGUUCCGCCCGCAUUUUGAAGCACCGCUGCAGCCAUGUUCGUCCACACAAUCCCCAGAUCGGCUGGGUCGCGUGCCUUGAACACCGUCCUGAAUCUCACCACACCAUCCUCGCGAACAAUGGCCUCGGCCCGUCGCACCACCCGCGAGAAGAUCCCAUCCUCCGCGAUCCGCAUCUUGCGAACCGUCGACUCCGUGCGGGCAUGGCGCCGGCCGCAUCUCCUCGACCAUCGCCUCGUCUCUCUCGUGCCGACCAUGGGCGCCCUGCACCGGGGCCAUCUCUCGCUGAUCCGCGCCGCCGCCCGAGACACCCACCACGUCGUCGUCUCCAUAUACGUGAACCCAGCGCAGUUCGGCGUCAAGGAGGAUCUGGCCAGCUACCCCAUUACCUGGGAGUCAGACUGCCGGAUCCUGGCCGAGCUGGACCGCGAGCUUGCCGACGACGGUGAGAACUUGGGACGCAUAAGCGCUGUAUUCGCGCCCACGACCGCCGAUAUGUACCCUUCUGGCUUUCCCGGACAGGAGGUGGACUCCAAGGGCUCCUUCGUCACGCUGACGCCUGUGGGAGAGGUGCUAGAAGGCGCAAGCCGGCCAACUUUCUUUAGGGGUGUUGCGACCGUGUGUAUGAAGUUGUUUAACAUCGUGCAGCCCGAAAAGGUGUACUUUGGUCAGAAGGACGUCCAACAGACCGUCGUAAUACGCAAGAUGGUCAAGGACUUCGCCAUGCCUAUUGACGUGCAGAUUGGUGAGACAGAAAGGGAGGCCGAUGGCUUAGCGCUGAGCUCCCGAAAUGUGUACCUCGGCCAGAGAAGGAGAAAGGCAGCCACGGUACUCAGCCAAGCUUUGAAGGCGGCCGAGAAGGUGUAUGCGGGCGGAAGGAGAGACCGGGAGUCUAUAUUAGGCGCUGCUACCAGAAUCACCACAGACACGCUCAACCAACAAAUGGCCUUGAGCCCAGAAGAGAGGGUGAAAUAUGAGGUUGAUUAUAUUGCUCUCUCCGACCCAGAAACAAUGGAAGAGCUCACAGAGGUUGACUCGAGCAAGGGCGGCAUCUUGAGUGGUGCAGUCAAGAUGUUACCGGUCGAGUCACCACAACCUGGAGAAGACCUAGGACAUAGCGGCGGCCCGCCAGUCAGGCUUAUUGACAACAUUGUGCUGAAGCCGACUGCUUGAGAACCUGGAUUCUAGAAUAGAUUUAUACCCAUAACAGCAAUAAACCGUAAAAUCUUUAAAAUCAAA